CAUUCGGUUGUUAUUAAUUUAGCAAGAUGUCUGCGCCCAGUGAGGAGAAUGGUGCUGCUGAUAUUUUUGAGGAUGCUUGGCUGGUUCGACCAUGUGAAAUGUAUAGUGAAGAAUAUUUGGAAUGCAAAAGUUGGAAAGGAAGAUUUCAUCAGAAAUAUAUAUUUGGUGAAACUUUAGACUGUAGAAAAUGGAAAGAAAAUUACGAUAACUGCAUGAAAUUUAGAAACUAUAAAGAUACUGAAGCCAUGAAAAAAGUGAUUGAAGAUGAAAGAUUACGAAGAGAAAAAAGGCUAGCUGCAGCACGAGACAACAAUACAUGGGAAUAUAGAAGAGAGCCACCAGAAGACUGGAAUAGACCACUUCCAGAAUGGAGUAAGCUACACGAGCAAACAAGGCUAGCAAAAUAUCAACAAUUAAAGGAAGAAGGCAAAUUAGCAGAACUUGAUAAAUAUACUGUUAAGAUGUGUGUUAUAUCCUGAUAAUGAUUUUAGAAAUGUAAACAGAUAUUUUAGGUGUGCUAUUUAUGUGUGAAUGAAAACAACUUUAAAACUAUUAAAAACGGGUAGUCUUUAAAAAAAUACCUACAGGAUUAAAGAACAGCUUUAUUUAAUAGCAUAUUCCUAGGAAAUUAUAAGUGGAUGUAACAUCAUGUCUGGGCUUUCUACAAAUGUUGUGCCGAUGUCUGGAAAUGUGAUUUGAGACAUUAUUUUGUAUUUUAAUUAAAUGUUAAAUAAUCAAUUUGAGUAAAUUUUAGGGUGAAUUGAGCCGUGGAAAUUUAGAUACAAGUAGGGGUAUACGCCUUUGACCUCUAAAAUCAUUUAGUGGUGGGAGUCACCGUGGGUAAGACGCUGGAGGUCGCAUGUUCAUUUCCUGCAUUGGCCGAGAAAGUUCAUUGGGAUUUUCCGACGUGGUUUCCCCUUGUCAGAGGUGCAGGACGGAGGGCCUGACAAGGACAGUUUUCCAGUCAUUCUGAUGGGACAAAAAACUGAGGUCCCGUGUAUACAUCGACGUGUACGUAAAAGGUCCCUUGGCAGUUGGAAUUUGAUAUAAGAGUAGGCGAUAGUGCCCCUGCCUGGGCAAAAUUUCCCCCAUAGCACACUGUAUGGCGUAUGACCGUCUUGAUUAGCCUAGUCGGAGCAGAACAGUAGGAUGUUAAACCCCAUUUUAUUCUUAUAUUAAAUUACAACUGCCAAGGGUUCUUUAACGUACACACCAAUGAUUAUACAUGGUCCCUUGCCAUCUCUGCCCUGUAUCACUGACAUGGUGGAACCGUGCUAAUACCAAGAUCAAAGUUCAAACACAUGACCUCUAGGUUAGCAAAUCACCAUGGAUUUGUUUCUCUUUGAAGAAUCACACAUGUAUGCAUAACAUAAACAUUACCAGUAGCUUUUACUGUGUUCUGCACAAUUUGGAUUGAAAAUAUUUCUGUUUUUAUUAUUGUUUAUUUUGUUAUUUAUAACCCAUCAUAAAUGUACAUUUUUGUAUAAAAAUCAAUUGUUUAUAUUAUGUUUUGUAAGUUGAAUGACAAAUAUAUUUCUCGGUUGAUC